CCAUGGCCACGGCUGAGGCGGCCGCCGCGGCUCGGGCUCCGCUCCGUCCCUCGCCUGCCGCCGACUAAAGCUGCGGACAUUUUGUGUGAAAAAGGCAGAGCGUAGAUCCCACACCGGCUCAGGGGUGUUAGAAUGCAGGCGGCGCCCGCUGUAGACCCGGACAGCGGCCGCAGAGAGGAGGUCCCGGCGCCUGAGGCGUCGGAGGCGCCGUUGGGCGACACCGGGAGCGGAGGUGCCCGCACGGAGCGUGAGGGCAGCGCUGUGAGCACAGCUGAUAAAACUCAAGAGAAAGAAGUCAACUGUAUGACCAGAGCAGAUGAAGAGAAUGAACAAAAAUCAGGUAUUGAUCAGAAGUCUGGAACCAGCUCAUCCAGUCAAAGUACAGAAGAAAAGAGAGGCUCUGUAAGGAUGACAAAAAAGAUUCUGCUAGACAUCUGUAAACAGCAGAAAUUAUACUGGACCCCGUACUUAAAUGAUACACUGUACUUGCAUUAUAAAGGAUUUGAUCGACUGGAGAAUCUUGAAGAAUAUACUGGACUGAAGUGUUUGUGGCUGCAGUGCAAUGGCUUAAGAAAAAUUGAGAAUUUGGAGGCUCAGACAGAGUUGCGUUGCCUCUACCUGCAACUCAAUUUAAUUGAGAAAAUUGAAAACCUUGAACCCUUACAAAAGCUGGAUUCCCUCAAUAUCAGCAACAACUAUAUUAGGACCAUUGAGAAUCUCUCUUGUCUCAAAGUCCUGCAGACUCUGCAGAUCGCUCACAAUAAGUUACGGACAGUGGAAGACAUCCAGCACUUGCAGGAAUGCCCAAGUAUUUCUGUUCUUGAUCUUUCCCACAACAAUCUAAGUGAUCCAAGUAUUGUAGCUAUUCUGGAGACCAUGCCCAAUCUGCACGUGCUGAAUUUGAUGGGAAAUGAGGUGAUAAGGAAAAUUGCUAACUAUAGAAAAACACUCACUGUUCGACUAAAACAGCUGACAUAUCUGGAUGACAGACCAGUUUUCCCAAAGGAUAGAGCCUGUGCAGAAGCCUGGGCUGUUGGAGGGCUUGAAGCUGAGAAAGCAGAAAGGGAAAAAUGGGAAACCAGAGAGAGAAAAAAAAUCCAAGAUAGCAUUGAUGCAUUAGCAACAAUUAGGCAAAGAGCACAGGAAAAGAGGAGACAAAAGUGCAUGGAAGGAGUUGCAACAGAUACUCAAGAAGGAGCACCUGCAAAUUCAAAAGAUGAUGAUGGAAAUUCUAAUACAUCAGAAGCUUCAAAUAGAUCAGAAGAAGAAGCUCAAGAAAAGACUGAGAAAUUUAAAAAUAAGGGUUUUGAUGCUUGUGAUGAAGUGACAACACUUCUACCAAAUAGAGAAGAUAGCAGAGAUUUCACAUCUGGAAAUAUGCCUGAUGAAGUUCAAGAGGAUGCACAGGAACCAGACUCUUACCAAUGUGCAAAUUUCAACCAGUUGGCAGAUGAUCUACCAGGACAGGAGGCAGCAACUGACCAGGCCAUGCUUCCUGAGAGGGAGGAGGAAUAUGCUGAAAUUGAACAGUUCAAACUGGAGACACUGGCAGCACUUUCUCUUGACGAACUGCCUGAUUUAGAAGAUGUAGUUGUAAAUGAGUUUCCCCCAGAAGAUGAAAUCUUUGUUCAAAAGGACUAUCACCCAAAGAUUGAAAUAAUUUCUGAAGUGACAAAUGACAGCAAUUCUGCAUUAGAGGAAAACAAUAAAAGCAUGCUUGAGAAUUCAGUAGAAGAAGUUCCAACAGCAAUUUUUUCAAAUGUAUGUCAGAACCAUAAAGAGCAUGAAAAGGAGCGCUUAGGACCCCUUCUCAAAAGCUUAUUUACAGAGCCUGAUAACUCAGAAGGAUGCAUGGAGAUCAAAGAUAAAGAGGCAGCCCCUUUGAAACCCUUGAUACAAGAGGUAAUCACUGAGCCCAAGGAUCAUCUGCUGCUGUCACCAGUCUGUCAUCAACCAGAUGACCCAAGCUCGUGGGAAGAGGAUGGGAAUGGCAGUGAUAGAGAAGCACAGGGCCUGGCUGAGGGGGAAGGAUGUCCUCAUAAAGCACAAGGUGACAGGGACGAUGAGAGUGGAUUGGAUUAAUUACUUUGAAAAACCAGACAAAAUCUGGAGCACAGUGUGGAAAUAUUCCCAAAGUAUGGAGGCUGGCAAUGCGACCAUUUGUUAAAACUGAUGUAACACUGUGAUACCAAAACUCACUGCCCUUGGCUCCAAGCUCCUCUGGGCAGCUGCCUGGUCACUACUUUGAAAACUACUGUUUUGAGGUUGAAUUCCAGUCUUGUGUUAUUUGUGCCUUUGCAUCCUUCUAGAAAUGCCUUAGUUACAUGUUUAUAUAUCAGAGUUUCAUUACAGAUGUAGUUUGAAGCAUAAUUCAGUGUGUCUGUCAUUUGACUAAAUAAAAAUUCUAUUUGUAACCACGUAGAUUUUCACUUGGUGUUUUAUAUUUUAAGCCCAUACCAGUGUACAUCAUAGCAGAUGGACUCCAGUAGCAAAUGGAGAUUGCUUCUUGAUGGGACAUUUUACUGAUAUAACACUCCUUGACAUUAUGAUUGUUUAUGCCUAAAAAGAUAGAGAAAUAGCAUCCAUGCUCAGAAAAUCUGGUUUUACCUUUUAGGACAUCUGUAAUGAAACAUACACUUUUAUCUGCUGCUUUUAUUGUUUUUCAUUGAGGUGUGUCUCAGGAUUUGUAUUUUGAGUAUUGCCAAGUUUAGAUGAAUGUCUUUUUUCAUAUUUCUAUACAGUUGUGAUAAUUUGUAAUAAAUAGAAUUUAACAGUUUUGUUAGGUGUGCACAUUUAAAGAAAUAAAGUAUUACUGUGGACUUGUUGAAAAGAUGUAUUUCCUAUUACCUGGGCUUAGGUGCCAUCUGGUGGCAAGAGAACCAGACCUCGCAGUAACAAAAAAUUGUGAAAGCCCUCAGAGAGGACAACACAAUUGCUUUAAAUUUUAUCCAUUAUUCCCCUACACGAGUUAAAAUAUGCUGGCAAAAGCCUUGGCCUCCAGGGCAGGGUGGGGGUAAGCCAAGGACCCGGGGAGCACAGGGUUAUCUGAAAGCACUGGAGCUGGAAUCUGCUCUUCAGAAAACUGCAAAUGCUGCCACCAACCUGUAUGAGCUCCAUCGUAAAAAUGGAGCUGCUUUCUUUUCUGACAGAAAGCUGGAUAAGGACUAUUUUUAGGACUUUGGGUUUUGCAGUUUCCAUGCUGUGUUUUGGUGCCUGUCCUGAUAUCCACUUACUACACUAAAAACAAGUAAGCA